GGCCCGGGAGGUGACACCAGCAGGGACAGUCACAGCCACCCUCGGCCCAUCCCAGAGUGACCCCAUGGGCUCCGUGGGUGGCGGGGUGACACCGAGGGUGACAUUGAGGGUGACACCGAGGGUGAUAUCGAGGGUGACACCAAGGGGUGGCACUGGUGGGGCACCAUCGAGGGGUGACAAUGAUAGGUGACACUUUAGGGUGACGCUGUGCUGGAGGGUGACACUGUGGGGUGGCACUGAGAGGUGACACUGAAGGGUGACACCAAGGGCUUCCUCUGUGGGGUGACAAUGUGGGGUGACACCAAGGGUUUAAUUUGUGGGGUAACACUGGGGUGACACUAUGGGGUGACACUGUGGGGUGACAGCAAGGAGUUACCCUGAGGGGUGACACUGUGAGGUGACACACUGGGGUGAUUCUGUGGGGUGACAAUGGGGUGACACUCUGUGGGUGACACUGUGGGGUGCCACCAAGGGCUGUCUCUGUGGGGUGGCACCAUGCAGGAGGGUGACACUGUGGGAUGCCACCACGAGGUGACACUGAGGGGUGCCACCAAGCAGUGCCACCCUCGCUCGGUGACACCACCGCCGUGUCCCCAGGACGUGCUGCUGAAGCGGGCGGCUGAUGUGGCCGAGGCGCUGUACAGUGUCCCCAGGGCCCCCGCGCAUGUCACUGUCCCCUCCUUCGGCGGGGGACAGCUCGGCCUCGCCAUGGGCGACUCCCCGCAGGGCUCCGAACAAGGGUUCUCGCGCAGCCCCGGGACGCCCCCGGCGCGGGGGUUCGGCCCCCCGGGCUCUGCCCCCCAGCAGGGCUUUGCCGGGGCCACCGGUGGCUUCGGCGGGGCCACCAUGGCCGGGCUGGGGGUCCCCGGGUCCCCUCCGAGCUUCCUGAACGGCUCCACCGCCACCUCCCCCUACGCCAUCCUGCCCGCCAGUCCCCCGCUGGGCGCCUCGUCUGUCACCGUCACCUCGGGCCCGGGCACGGCCACCCCUCCCGGUGGCUUCUCCUUCUCUCCGGUGACGAUGAUCUCGGCCGUGAAGCAGAAGAGCGCCUUCGCCCCCGUGCUGCGGCCACAGGGCUCCCCCCCGCCCGCCUGCGCCAGCGCCCUGCAAGACCCGGCUUUCGAGGACUCGGACAAAUUCCACGCUCCGGCGCGGCCGCUCCAGGGAUUGGCCUAUUCCUAAGGACGGCGUGUCCGGAGGGGCUCCGGACCCCCCAUCCCACCGGGACAGGAGCGGGGACAAGGACUGGGGACAUCCCUGUCCCCUGUGCCCACCCCUUGCCUCCCCUCAGAGCUGGGAUGGCUCCGGAGCAGCCACGCAGAGCAGGAUGAGGGGACAUCCCCCCGAUGUCCCUACCCGGGUGACCCCGGCCUGGCCUGGCUGAGGGGGGACUUGGGGAAAUCCUGGAAUGAGCCAAAAUUCCUGGGUUUGGCCUCGGGAAGAGGCGGAGAGAGCCGGGAAUGGGGGGCAGCGGAGGGCGUGGGAUGGAGGUGCUGGGAUGGGCGGGAGGGGUGACCCAAAGUGGGAUGGAAGCUCCGGAAAAGGAUGGAUGUUCCAAGGUGGGAUGGAUGUUCCAAAGUGGGAUGGAAGUUUCCAAGGUGGGAUGAAACCUCUGGAAAAGGAUGGAUGGUCCAAGGUGGGAUGGAUGUUCCAAGGUGGGAUGGAAGCUCUGGAAAAAGAUGGAUGGUCCUAGGUGGGAUGGAUGCUCUGGGAUGGGAUGGAAGCUCCAGGAUGGGCUAGAUGAUCCAAAGUG